UUUUAUAUUCCUAAGAUAACCAUAAUUUCGCUCAACUUCAAAUUUUACUUGCAAAAUAUGGGAAACUUUGGCAUCGUUUGCGCUAUUCUGGCCGCAGUGUUCACCACAGAAGUGAUCAGCAUUAAAUGUUAUGACUGCUUUGACUGCAACAUCGUGAAACACGAUACUCCAACUACAACUUGUGAUAUUCCUCCAGAUGCCUCUAAUGACACAAGAGCAGCUUGCUACACAGGAACUGGAUUUGUGAACGGCGAUGAAGAAGCUACUAUAAUUCGUGGAUGUAGAUGGUCUACAAGUUUUCGCUGCUUUCAAGAAAAUCAUCCCGCAUUAAAAGGGGAAUAUUGCUACUGUAGUAGAGAUCUCUGCAACGGCGACGGCAGCGGCAACGGCGCAAAUUCCAUCGUGAAACUGAACGUCGUUCUGAUGAUGUUUGUGACGGGAAUUUUUGUGAAAAUUUUUGCUUGAAAGAAACAAACUGCUAAUCCUAUCAUUUAUACCGAUAAUCUAGUUUUAUGAUAAUUUUAAUUCUUAGUUUUAGUUCAGUUAGGUUAAGGCAUGUUUAUAUGGCCUUGUUCAGCAUUUAAAUUGCCCCCACCGUGAUGGGCAUAUAUAAUACUGUCUUAUUUUUUUACCGCUCAUUUUAUUUCACACAAUACGAGUACUUUUUAUUUCUUUUUAUUCAAAGCGUAAUUUUCACCAAAUAUUUUGCUGUUUUAUUCGGUACUCCCGAAGUAUGCGAACCAUGAUGGCGGACACCGGGACGUAGUAUG